CCUUCAGUAAGUUACAUCGCUCCGGUUAGCUGGCGGGGAGGGCUGGUGAUAUAUAUCAUCGAAACCCAUCAGAUAUCCUGGAUCGUGUGGCUUGUCAAGUCAAGUGAUGUUUUGUUUUCACAACCCAUAUUAGCAGCACUGGUAGCUUGUAGAAGCGGUGCUUAGCUAGAAAGCUACCAGUAGUUAAUAAAAAGAAAAAAAGGAGUGGCUUUUCUACUUCAAACCAAUAUUUGCGUUUGUUUAUUUUACUGUCUUUUUUUCUUUUGCGUGUGCAUAUUUUAAUAACACACACUGGAUCCGAUUACACUUCAAUGGACAAGCUGUCAAAAACAGCCGCUGAUGCGACGCGAGAGAAGGAGGUCUGUCCACCAAGCGGAGUCGUAGCUGACAGCCUGUCACAUACAUCUUAUAACGAGUAUCCUGCUCGCUGUCCCCUCAUCAACACAUAUGUGCGUCACACUCCUCAAGCACGCACACAUCAGUCAUUCCGCCCAUCAUCACCAAGCAAGGCAUUCCCAGAGACCAGCAGUGCAGCGAUCCUCUCUGCCCUGAGGAACCUCCAGGAGAAGAUCAGGAGGUUGGAGUUGCAAAAAGGCAAAACUGAAGUAAAUAUGCACACUUUAGGGAAAGGUGUGUCACACAUGCAUCAGCAGAGCGAUAAAGUCACAAGGAGGCUUUUUAAUGAUCAGACCGACACAGCAAAAGAGAAAAGGGGCCAGUCCAACUGCAAUCAAGUUUUAAUCAGCCACCUGGCUGCUGCAGAGUCUCGCUGUGUGAAGCUGGAGCGACAGCUGGAUUACAUGAGAGGGAUGCUGCGCAGUGCUAAGGCAGACAGGACCAGCCCUCUCACACAGCAGGUUUCCAUGGAGACAGCUAAAUCAGCUGAUAAACAGUCCGGUACAGUGUCUGAGCAACUCCAGUUGGAAAAGCUGGAGCGACUGGAGCUGGAGUAUCGUCGGCUGACGCGCACACAAAAUGACGCUGAGUUGAAGAUCCGGGAGCUGGAGAUGAAACUAGAGGAGGAGGAGCACCAAAGAAAGCUGGUUCAGGAUAAGGCAAAUCAGCUGCAGACAGGUUUGGAGGCCAAUAGGAUACUGCUGCAGUCAGUGUCACCCUGCCUGUCCUCCAGACAGUCUAAAGAGAAGAACUGUGAAUCAAAGAAAGCAUCACCACAGGAGUCGUCCUGUACACAACCACACUAUAGACUGAGCCUCAGAGAUGUUCCUUUUGUUGCUGGAACGUCAGUGGGCUGCAGCCACUCAGUCCGAGCAAACGUCCAGUCAGUUCUGUCUCAACUGAAACGUCACCAGCCACACCUCUGCAACAGCCGAGUCCUAUCCAACAACAAGACAGGGAGUCGUAGAAAUUCAGACUCUUCCUCUACUUCCUCCUCUGCUAGCGAAGAGGAGCUUUCAGAGCUGCUGCAAGCUCUGCAGGAGGAGCUGCGACUCAUGAGCUUGGAUCAGGAAGAGUUGCUGAGACAGGUGGAGGCGAGUGUGUCUUCAGAGGAAAGAAAAGAGCUUCAGAGGGAGCAGGAGACACUGCUGCUGAAGAUGGAGAGGAAAGGAGAGCAGAUCAGAAAGCUCUACAGACACAAAACACAGGUGAAGAAGUUUAGAAAGGAGGCUGGUUCUAAGUGCAAUGAGGUGAGAGUGACAACCACAGUGUCCACUAGAGGUCGCUCUGCAGGAUCUGUCAACGUUCGACCAGGAGAGAGAAGCAAAAGAAACCUGCGGCUGCUGAGGGACAUGAAGGCUCUGCAGACCUCUUUAAGAACCUGAAAACCCACCAGGACUUGAAAACAGUUUCUGGGUUAAUAAUCUGGUUUAAAUGUUUCACCAGCAGAGGGCAUAAACUCUCAAAAUCACAGCUCAGCUUUCUGAAGAUGCAAUCUGGCAGGACCAAAGAAUUUCAUUUAGGUUUCAUUUAGACCUCUGGGUAUCGACAAAAGACUCCAAGAAAAAGCAACAAAUUGUUAUAUCAUGUUUAAUAAAGUCCAAGAUAUCCCUUGCUGCAGAAAAUCUCCUGGUUUUGCUUGAUAGUCACAAAAGUAAAAAAUAAAUAAAUAAAAAAAGCCUGAAAUCUUUUGAUACUUCUUUUGCCCUAUGAUGUGCUAAAGGACAUAAAAAGCUGUUUUUUUGUUAAGAGGACUGAAUUGCAAUGCUCUGUAGAAUUGCUGAUCCAAAAUGUGUGUGUGUGCGCGUGCGUGUGUGUGUCUGCAUUAAUUAAGGUGAGAAUAUUUGUAUUCAUCUCUGAUUCUGAUAUUUUUGACCAUUAUGAGUGCCCUUAUUUUGACUGAAAGUUAUUUAUCUGAGAUGAUAAAGUAUUUAUGUUUCAAUA